AAAGAACUGCGAAACUCUGUAUUCAACUUCUAAGAGUCUUUUCGCGUCAUUUAAAAAAAUAUAUUUUGAUUUAAUUAUUUUAUUUUAUUAAGGGAGCUAGUAGUUUGUUCACAUCAAAUUUUGAUUCCUCGCUUUUCUUGGUGGAUUUGCGUUCCCAAGAAAAUUUUUGAAUUUUUUUUAUAUUUUCGAUUUUUCGCCUUCUUUAUUGUUGAAUCUUGAGGAAUAUUUCGAGUGAACUUGAUUAUAAUCUCGAUUCCAGUUUUGAUUCCGAUCUCGUUUUGGAUUUAAUUUCCUGGAAAAAUGGCGAAGCGUGGAUACAAGCUGCAGGAAUUUGUGGCUCAUACGGCUAAUGUGAAUUGUUUAAGUAUGGGAAAAAAGACACGUAGGCUUUUUAUUACAGGCGGAGAUGAUCAUAAAGUCAAUGUUUGGUCAAUUGGGAAACCCACUUCUUUAAUGAGUCUUUGUGGUCAUACUAGUCCGGUCGAAUCUUUAGCUUUCGAUUUGGCCGAAGUUUUUGUGCUUGCCGGUGCAUCUACAGGUGUGAUUAAGCUUUGGGAUCUCGAAGAAACAAAGAUGGUUCGUGGACUUACUGCACAUAGAUCUAAUUGCACUGCUAUGGAGUUUCAUCCGUUUGGCGAGUUUUUUGCAUCUGGUUCCAUGGAUACAAAUUUGAAGAUAUGGGAUAUUAGAAAAAAGGGAUGCAUUCACACGUACAAGGGUCAUACUCGAGGCAUUAGUACGAUUCAAUUCACUCCUGAUGGCCGUUGGGUAGUUUCUGGUGGAUUUGAUAAUGUUGUAAAGGUGUGGGAUCUUACUGCUGGAAAACUCUUGAAUGAGUUCAAGUUUCACGAAGGACAUAUUCGCUCCAUAGAUUUCCAUCCUCUCGAGUUCCUCCUCGCCACAGGUUCAGCGGAUGGAACGGUAAAAUUCUGGGACUUAGAAACUUUUGAACUGAUCGGAUCUUCGAGACCUGAGGCUACCGGGGUUUGCUCGAUUACCUUUCACCCUGAUGGGAAAACCCUUUUCUGUGGAUUGGAUGAUGGUUUGAAGGUUUAUUCAUGGGAGCCAGUGGUUUGUCAUGAUUCUCUUGAUAUCAGAUGGUCAACACUUGGUGACCUCUGCAUCAAUGAAGGCAAGCUUUUGGGGUUCUCGUACUAUAGAAAUUCUGUUGGAGUUUGGGGAGCAGAUGUAUCGCAUAUCGAGCCAUAUGGGCGAAACGACCAUUCUGAGAAGAAAUUUAAUCUUGAGGGAAGUUAUUCAUCAGAGAAAGCAGGGAGCGGCAUGAGAUCAACUUUGGGAUCACGGCCCCUAUCUCUUGAUUACGAGACCAAGGAAAUAAAGAACAUAUAUGUUGACACAGCUGGCAGUAAUACGAUUGCUGCACCAAAAGACGGCUCUUUGAGUUCUACAGAAGUGGUACUUCCGUUGGACGCCGGUGAAAUAAGUAAUCCAGAAGCUGAGGAGCAGAGUCCUGGAACAGGAGUUAAUGCUAAAUCUAAUGGACAAUCAGGUAACAACCCUGUCGUGAAAGAGACUACAAAUUCGGGAAAAGAAUCUAUCACCUUUUCAAGGACAAAACCAGGAAUGUUGCUCAGACCCGUUCAUGCUAGAAAACCAUCGGUCAACAAGUUCGAGGUUGAAAAGCUAUCAGCUGUGGUUGAAUCUGGAAGGUUAGACACUGCAAUGGAUAAGAAUUCUCGAACUAGUCUUGUAUUGGAAGAUGGAGCUAAAAAACCCUGUGAUGAAAAGGAUUCAAACAUUGAAACCGUUACUGAGAAACCUGAAAAGAUGUUAUCACCGCAGACACCCUCUAAUCAAGAAACUCGUAAUGAAUCACUCGAUCACAACAAAGGCUCAAACUCCGUCAAAUUUGUGAAUGGAGUGGCUGUUGUUCGAGGAAGAACGCGUAGUCUGGUUGAGAGAUUUGAACGAAGAGACUUAUUAAACUGCAGUGGUGAUCUGGCAACCGACAGUAUAGCUCCUGCUGUACUUGAAGCAGAUAAAACACCGGCCAUAAUCGAAGGAGGGACAAAAAUAUCUAAAACACAACCUAUAUCAGCCAAUGAUGUAAGUACUGCCGAAAGUCAAAGUUCUAGAACUGAACCAGCUUCUAGCUGCGAGGGAGGCAUUACUGCAAGUCCGAUUCCUACAAGGGAAUCGACCCCUACUUCCAUUGGGAUCAUUUCUGGAGAUCAAAUUUCUAGAAGGGAAUCAACCUUCACUCCCGGUAGGAUGAUUGCUCGAAAUCAGAAUUCUAGAAAGGAAUCAACCUUCGCCUCUGAUAGGAUUGUUACCAUAAAUCGAAUUUCUAGAAGGGAAUCAACCUCUACUUCUGAUAGGGUCAUUACGAAAAACCAAAUUACUCGAAACGAAUUGACUUCCAUUUCUGAUGGGAUCAUUUCUAGAAAUCAACAUUCUAGAAAGGAAGCUGCUGCUGCUAAUGAUAUGAGUGGACCAAACGGUCUACAUACUGAAAAUCAAGUUUCUAGGAGGGGAUUCAAUUCCGGUAAUGAUCGGAAUGUUACUAAUAUCGAAAGCCAAAUUUCAAAGGACGAGUCGAUAUCUACUAAUGACGGAAACCUGACCGAAAGUCUCAUGCAAACGCAUGAUACAUUCUUAAGUACUCUUCGGUCACGCUUGACAAAGUUACAGGUGGUGCGGCAUUUUUGGGAAAAGAAUGACAUUAAAGGUUCCAUCGGUGCACUGCGUAAACUGCCAGAUCAUUCUGUGCAAGCUGAUGUUAUCGGUGUUCUCAUGGAAAAAAUGGAGAUUCUCAACUUAGAUCUGUUUUCCGGCUUGCUUCCCGUGCUUAUGGGCCUAUUAGAUAGUAAAAUGGAAAGGCAUACGAAUAUCUCAUUGGAGAUGCUCCUAAAGCUUGUAGCUGUUUUUGGUCCAAUGAUACGCUCAACUGUCUCAGCCCGACGUAGUGUCGGUGUUGAUCUUCAUGCUGAGCAGAGGCGAGAAUGUUGCAAUCAAUGUUUUAUGCAAUUACAAAAGAUUCAAAAACUUCUCCCACCACUCGUAAGGAGAGGCGGUACGAUAGCGCGAGGUGCGCAGGAAUUGAAUCUGGCUCUUCAAGAAUGACAGAUGAAUGCCGCCAUAUAUAUCAUCUAGCACUGAAACAUGAACGAUGUGGUUGAGUGGAAACCACUUAAAAGAAGGCCAUUUUGCGGCGGCCGUGUUUGUACCAGACUCCAUUAAAUACCGUUGAAGAUGGAUGAAGCUGCAUGUUUCUGUUUUCCUGGUAAAUUUUCCUUGCUAUUCUUUGAUUCAAUAUACAGUGAUAUUUUGCUAUCUUUUUGUUAAUAAUGUAUGUGAGCAUGUUCUAAUGCAAAUAUAUACUCUUUAGCUAUGAAAUUCAAUGAUAAUAUAUCAAAUUCCUUGGAAUCAA